AAGGUCAUAUGCCUCAAGUUCUCAUGGGUCUCAUUUUAUAGCCAAAACCAUCCCUAGUCCCUCUAGUCCAAGACUCCAAGCAACUCUUUCCAUCUCAAGAUCACAAAAGCCUUUACAGCCCAUACAAUUGUUCAAGUCCAAGUAUCAAACCCACAAGCUAUUGCCUAUUAGGAGUAAACUUCAAGAAACAUCUGAUGAAUUUAAGCAUCUAAUCUAAUCCAAUCAAACCCAACCUAAAACCAGCUUUACAAAAACUUCACUCAACCACUUUACCAUUUUUUGAUUAAAAAAACCAGAUUCAGCAGCAUCUGCACUACGGAGUACUAAAUUACUAAUUCCAGUAGUUUACAACUGAUAAAUCUUUUAUCUUUAUAUUUUUCCUUCUCCUCAAACAUCGUUCACAUUCCAUCUGACAAAAUUCACCCUUUUUUUUCAUUUUCUGAAUUUCUUUCCAUUUUCAUAGUUUUAAAUUAUUAAAAGUUUAAAACUCAUCCACGUCUAAAAUUCACCAAUCCCACAACUUUUUUUUCCACCCAAUCUGAAAAACCCAUCAAAAUUUUCCCAAAAUUAUGAUCACCCACUUCACAAAACCACACAAUUAAACAAACCCAGAAAAAUUAUGAGCAAUUGUGAAAAACAAAUGUACAAAAAAGCAGGAUUAACACUUGCAUUUUUCAUAAUUCUUACAAUUACAUACCUUUUUUUGAUCGGAACCCUUGAUCUAAGAGGGUCUUACUUCACCCCAUUUCUCCAAUCUUUGCCGACUGAAGCACCUAACUAUGUCCCACCUUGCCGGAGUUUAUCUCCGUUGAGAGUUUACAUGUAUGAUCUUCCGCAAAGAUUCAAUGUUGGGAUGCUCCGGCGCCGGAGCUCCGAUGAAACUCCGGUGACGGUGGAGACGCUGCCGCCGUGGCCGGCGGUUUCUGGGUUGAGAAGACAGCAUAGUGUAGAGUAUUGGAUGAUGGCUUCUUUGCUUGUUAAAGGGGAGGAGAGAGAAAAUGAGGGUGAAGGUGGAAAUGGGGUUUGGGUUGGGGAGGAGAGAGAAAGUGAAGUUGUGAGAGUAUUGGAUCCAGAAAUGGCGGAUGUGUUCUUUGUGCCGUUUUUCUCAUCUUUGAGUUUUAAUGUUUAUGGGCAUAAUAUGACUGAUCCUAGUACUGAACGUGAUAAGCAGCUGCAGGUUGAUAUAUUGAAAUAUUUGAGGGAGUCUAAGUACUGGCAAAGGUCAGAAGGCCGUGAUCAUGUCAUUCCUAUGCAUCACCCAAAUGCAUUUAGGUUUCUUCGGGAGCAAGUGAAUGCAUCGAUUCUCAUUGUGGCAGAUUUUGGCCGUUACUCGAAGAGCAUGUCAAAUUUAAAGAAAGAUGUUGUUGCCCCAUACGUCCAUGUUGUGGAUUCAUAUACUGAUGAUGACACCCCCAAUCCCUUCAAAUCUCGCACCACCCUGUUGUAUUUUCGUGGCAGGACUGUGAGGAAAGAUGAAGGUGUGGUUCGUGCUAAAUUGCAAAAGCUUCUGGAAGGUUAUGAUGAUGUCCACUUUGAAAGGAGCUUUGCCUCAGAAGAAAGCAUAAGACUGUCCACGCAGGGGAUGCGAAAAUCAAAGUUCUGUCUACACCCGGCAGGAGAUACCCCUUCCUCAUGCCGACUAUUUGAUGCUAUUGUCAGCCACUGCGUACCAGUCAUUGUUAGCGACCAGAUUGAGCUUCCCUAUGAAGAUGAACUUGAUUAUUCUGAGUUUUCUCUCUUCUUUUCAACCACCGAGGCAAUAGAACCUGGUUAUAUGAUUGAGAAGCUUCGCCAGUUCCCAGAGGAAAAGUGGCUAAAAAUGUGGAACAAACUAAAGAACAUUUCCCACCACUACGAGUUUCAAUACCCCCCAAAGAAUGGCGAUGCAGUCAAUAUGCUAUGGAGGCAGGUUAGGCAUAAGCUCCCUUUCGCUAAGCUUACUGCUCAUAGAACUCGAAGGUUAAAAAUUCCUGAUUGGUGGGGAAGGAGAAGGUAGCCGGUGUGUACUUUGUACCUAACUGUACUUAUUUUUGUGUGUACAGUUUCAUAUUUACAGUUUGAACUUUCCCAAAGAAGGGGAAUUAUAGGUUAUUCACUUAUUCAUACAUGUUUUUUGAUCCUGUGACAUCCAAUCUGAUCCAUUUGUUUCAUUGUUUGCAUUCUCUUUGUUGCAUUAUUUUAAGCUGCAUUAUGUUGGCACAUCCUUUAUUAAAUCACCUGAGGUAUAAUCCAGGCUGUGAUGUAUGACUUUUGGUGCAUUAUUUGAA